GCAAUGAUGAUCUUGAUCUUCUUCUUGAAAUUAAGUCUCUGCACGUUUGCUUUUGCUCCUCCCCAUUUCUGUAUUUAACUUCAUAAUUUCCUCUCCACCCACCUCUCUUCUUCCCCAUUUAACUCUCACACAGAAAGAGAGAGAGAGAGAGGUCACUUUCCUCUGCUCAUUUUCCCGCGCCCACACUCAAUUCAUCCCAAGGAGGAUCAAGAUUUGGGGAUUACUAAUAUUAUAUCUUUCUUGGUUUCUUGGUUUCUUGAUCUCCUUUUCCAUUUCUUGAAAUGGUCCAAUCUCUCUCUGAAGUGUUUUUGUCCUCUUUUGAUCUCUCUGUCUACUGAAUGAGAUACAACCCCUCAAAAAGAUGGAAGGUUUUGCAGCAAAGACAAGGCCGAUUUAUAGUAAUAACGUCAUCCGACUGGUUCAUCGUCUUGACCUUCUUCUCCUUCUCCUUCUCCUAAGCCUCUUCCAGAAUCAGAAGGUCAGCUGUGUCUCCCCCUUGGACUACACGAAGUACAGGCAAGUUAGCAGUUUGAGACUUGAGAGGAUUCACAAGCACUUGAACAACAUCAACAAGCCUCCUGUUUUAACCAUUCAGAGUCCAGAUGGAGACAUUGUAGAUUGUGUGCAUAAGAGAAAGCAACCUGCUUUGGAUCACCCACUCUUGAAGAACCACAAGAUUCAGAAAGCGCCGUCGAAAAUGCCGAAGAUGAGAGGCGACGUUGGAGGAGGAGCUAACGUAGCGGAAGGUGCAUGGCAAAUGUGGCACGUGAACGGCACGAGGUGCCCUAAGGGUACCGUUCCCAUACGACGCAGUACACUACAUGAUGUCCUCAGAGCCAAUUCUUUGUUUGACUUUGGCAAAAAGACCAGGAGAGUUGACCUCAAUCGACGGUCAGAAGCGCCCGACGUCAUCGGCAAUAAUGGGCAUGAGCAUGCGAUCGCGUAUACGGGAACGUCGGGUGAGAUAUACGGAGCGAAGGCGACGAUUAACGUGUGGGACCCAUCGAUACAGCAAAUGAAUGAGUUCAGUCUCUCCCAGAUUUGGCUCCUGUCGGGAUCUUUCGACGGCUCCGAUCUCAACAGUAUUGAAGCUGGUUGGCAGGUCAGUCCGGAGCUGUAUGGUGACAGCAAGCCCAGAUUGUUCACUUAUUGGACGAGUGAUUCAUAUGAAGCAACAGGAUGCUACAAUCUUCUAUGUUCUGGAUUUAUCCAAACAAAUAACAGAAUUGCCAUUGGAGCUGCCAUUUCUCCUGUCUCUACCUUCAAAGGCAGCCAAUUCGACAUCACCAUCCUCAUUUGGAAGGAUCCAAAGCAAGGGAACUGGUGGUUGGGAUUGGGAGACAAGACAUUGGUAGGGUACUGGCCAUCGGAGAUAUUCACGAGCUUAUCCGACCACUCAACGAUGGUCGAGUGGGGCGGAGAGGUCGUCAACUCUCGCCUCUCCGGCCGGCACACGUCCACUCAGAUGGGCUCCGGCCACUUCCCGGACGACGGCUUUGCCAAAGCCUCUUACUUUCGCAACCUCGAGAUCGUGGAUUCCGACAACAACCUCGUCCCUGCCCGAGACGUCCAGACUUUGGCCGAUAACUCCGGCUGUUACAACAUCCAGAGCUUCCACAGUAACGAGUGGGGCACUUAUUUUUACUAUGGUGGACCUGGUUUUAGUCCUAGGUGUACUUGAACGAAAAAAAUAUGAUUCGGGUUUGAUUUUAUUUUGUUUAUUUUCGUGUGGUGUGUGUGUUUUUGGAUAUCGUCGUGAUGGUUCAAAUGUAUGUAGCUUAUUGGUUGAAGAGUUGAAAUGUAGGGGCCAAUGUCUAUUUUUCUAUAAUUAAGGGUGGUCAAAUUUAAGAUUGCGUU